UCAUGUGACAAAAUCCAUGUGUAUGUGGUUUAGGGGCACAUACACAGUUAACUGAACAUUAAGUAAAGAUAAUGAUAUAUAUACCUAUUUAAAUAUACAGGUGUAUUUGAGCACAAUAACAACAGUGCACAUUUUUACAGAUACAUGCAGAUAUAUGGAAUUGUUUUAUUUUCAGCUUUGCCCAUCUGUUUUCACUGUUGUUUUAACCCCCUUUUAUUUCCUGACACUAAUCUGUAGCCCCCUCUUGCUCUUGCCUCUUCCCUGUCCUCUCACUCCCUGCAGCUGGAAGUGUUUCCUCUCUGUGCCGCAGAGAAGGAGGGGUGAGAGGAAGUGACAGGCAGGAGAGAGCCACACAUACUUGUGUGGGAUGCACUGAAACUCUACGGUACAACAUUUGUAUCUUACUUAUUUUCUGUGUUGGAAGCAUCCGCCUAUUUUGGCUGCAUUUCUUGCUCUUCCACCCCCCUCUUCUAUGAUUCGCCUCUAUUCAGCCUUACUGUCCUUUCUGGAUGUCCCCUCCCUGAGACAGCCUGGAGGAGAGAGUGACCGGCGGGUGGAAUGUGGAGAGCAGGGCAGAACCCUCUGUUAGAUGGGGGUCCCCAACUCCACCACUCUCCUUCAUUUGAGGAUUGGUCUACUUCCCCCAGACCUGAAACUUCAAGACCCAUGACUGAGCAUUCUACUGAGACACCUUCGUACGAUUUGUCACGCUUACGCAGCUCCUCGGUGGAAAUCAGAGAAAAGGGCUCGGAAAUCCUAAGAGAGGAGCUUCUGAAGGCUCAGAAGGAGCUGAAACUGAGAGAUGAGGAGUGUGAGAGGCUGUCGAAAGUUAGAGAGCAACUGGAGCAAGAACUGGAGGAGCUGACGGCUAGUUUAUUUGAGGAGGCUCACAAAAUGGUGCGUGAUGCUAAUAUCAAGCAGACUGCAUCCGAGAAGCAGCUCCGGGAGGCCCACGGGAAGAUUGACAUGCUGCAGGCUGAAGUCACAGCUCUGAAAACCUUGGUCAUCACUUCCACUCCAUCCUCCCCAAACCGUGAGCUGCACCCCCAGCUCCAGAGCCCAUCUAAGAACGCACUGCGCAAAGGUCAUGCUCGCAACAAGAGUGCAGGAUGUGCAGCUGUCAUGCCACUGGCUCCUCCAGCCCAGCCUAUCAGCACCGAGGCCAAGGAGUUUUCUGCAGUUCCAUCUCUGCUUUCAUUGCUUCUCUGUAUUGUCCCGGGAAAGGUUGUCCAUAUAACCUACGAGCCGGGAUGGCCUCUUUCUGACGAGUCUUCCUCCUCUACUUCCUCACGCCAGGUGGACACUCUGCUUUUCUCUGAGUUUAUGGAAUGGAAGGAGAGCCCAACUCUAGAUAAAUCCUGCCCCUUCCUGUCACGUAUCUACCAAGAGGACAUUGCGCCAUGCUUGGACUUUGCAAAAAGGGAGUUGUCGGAGCAGGUCCUUACUGCUGUAGCAGACAAUACCCUGUCGGUGGAGCCGGUCAUACAGCCUGUGCUGCCUGUGGUGAAAGCAUCAGCCGUGGAACGUGGGGGGCCCAGUGGGUGUCGGGUGCAGGUCGUAACGAAAUGCGCACUUAGUGGUUUGUCACGUCCAUGCCGCCAUCGGAUAAAGCUAGGGGAUUCUGGGAAUUAUUACUUUAUUUCACCAUCCUGCCGGUACAGGAUAACAGCAGUGUGCAAUUUCUUCACUUACAUCCGUUACAUACAGCAAGGUCUGGUGCGUCAAGACACGGAGCUGAUAUUCUGGGAGAUCAUGAGACUCCGCCGUGAGAUGUCAGUGGCCAAACUUGGCUUCUAUCCCAAUGAAUCAUAGCGGUUUCAUAACCUGGACUAGCAGAUCGACGGACACUACUCAAGUUCCUGCUGUGGGGUCAAAUGAAAAUAUGAGAGCACAGUGUGUGGGUGUACAUGUGGAAAUACAACUGGACCUGAGGUUAUAGCUAUUCUGUGUGGACUUAUUAGCAUCUUCAGUAUGGUACAAUCCUUGUUCUUGGAGAUAAAUAUGUAACAUGCAUAUAGAAUUUUAAUUCCUGAGAGACUCUUCACUAGCAGCUUUAUAUAUGACAAAACCAACCAUGGGCAUAGUGUGGCCGGAGCAGCUGGGCUGUAUUUUUCCUUUUGGGCAUUAUAUCAGCUCAGUAUAACUCACAGCUGAGCAGAUAUAACCGUAAGGGGCAAAUGCAGGAGUUUUUGGCAGGGGUUUCUGAAUGCUUGAUUUUGGAGCAUGUGUGGACAGCACAUGAAGGAGGCAUCAUACAGUGCAGUGUAUGUCAUAUUUCAGACAUAUACAGGGCCAAUUAUGAUGACAGCAAGCCGAUAGGUGCGACAGUAGUGCAAUCGCGCCUCAGCUGAAUUAUUUUAUUUUUUGGAUGUGGGCAUCAUUUCACAAUCUACGAUCCUUGCUCUGUGAGCAACUGGAAACCCCGCAUUUACUUCAUACUUGCCUACCCUCCCUCAUUCUGCAGGAGACUCCCUGAAAUAGCAGUAAUCUCCCUGACUCCCUGAAUAGAACAGCAAUCUCCCUGAUUAGACCUUAUUCCCAUGUGGUAGCUGUUACAUUCUUUGGGGGGAGGGGGGGAAAGAAAUCAGAGAUACAUACAUUCAUAUGGGAUCUUCAGUACCAUUUCCCUGCAUUGGGUAUAAGGCACAAUGAUCCCUAUGGCUACAUGCAUUCUAAAUAAGGCUUCUCGUGUCCACUUACAGUAUAUGGACCCUCUUCUAAAACACAAUACACAAACAAAUCACUAUUUUCAACAAGUAGAUCUUUACUAACUUUGGGGUUCAUUUACAUUUGGAUGCAAGUCAUUUUCAUGACACGCCUCUCUGAUGUACCAGUACUUAUGACGAUGGGACCUAGUGCUUUCAUCUAUGCACACACCCCUUCCUCCUUAUUGGCGGACAGAGGCUAGGGGGGGUGCAACAAUUUAUAAGCAAGGGCACACUUUGCUGUUGUACAGGCCAUAUCUCUUACCUUGGCUUAAACAGUAGAGGAGCUGGAGCCCUCACAUCUGAUUUCAAGACCCUAGGGCAAGGACUGCAGUCUUCCUAGGACUGUACUUGUUGCUCCUAUGAUAGCAAACGACUCCCCCCCCCCCCCCUCCCAGUGUCAAGUAUUGCUUUGUUAUACAUCAGACAUUGGGGUGCUGCAUUAUAACACUUCCAUUGUGAUGAACUGUAUGUCACAUAGAGGAGGAAUGUUGUUCUCCCCAUGGUGUCUUUAUGAAAAUAGCAGAUUACAAGGCACAAUGCUGUUAUGGCAGCUUAGUCUUUAUGGAUCGCUUGAAUGUGAUUCACUGAAGCAGCAGUUGCCCAAAAUCAAGCUCCUAAAAUCCGUACAAGUGAUGGGGGGUUCCAGCAGCCUCAGAGCUUCCUAAUAGCAGGCUUGUUGGAUUCCUUCUCCAGCUCUGUCCACCUACACUACAUAAACUCCAGCAAUCAUAUAUGCUGGGUACACACCUGACCAACUCACAGACCGGGCAACCAGUUUGAUGAGCUUUGCACACUUACCAAUCGGCUGCUUGCUAUGUCUGUCCAAACAUCACAACUAGGUGGGCAUUUAAAUUUGUCCGGGCAGUUGUGAUGUCAUUGUCGGCGGUUCCUGCGGCCAGUCGGCUGUCCAUACAUGUAGGCAGAUGUACCGCAAUAUCUGCAAGAAAUAUCGACCUAUACCAUGCUGCAGGGCUGAUACGAUAUGUCUGUGAGUGACAUGAUAUCGGCUGUACACACAAGCUAAUACAAGCCAUAUAUCGCUUGGCGACUGUACAAACGAUAUAUCGCAUAGUGUCCACCCAGCCUUACUUGUUGAGGUGAAUCUAGUCUAUACCCACCAAUGGGUUUCCAGAUGUUUUCUGUAAUGCAAUAAAACACAGGCAGUUAUUGAACAUGUUUACAUAUUUACAAUGCACUCUAAUAAGGUUUUAUGUGCUAAAUGCAAUGAACACUGUGAACUGACACAUUGCUUAUUAUUGGAACUCAUUGUUUUUAUUACAUUUAACGUGCUAUCAUUGAGGGGAAAAGUAUGUAUAUGGCAUAGGUGGCAAUGGGUUCUUCAACCAUGUGUGAAGGCUGCUAUUAAAAUGGGGAUCAUUCAUCCCUAUAAAGAGUGUAGUUUGUACAAUACACAUAGGAGUAAAUGUAAUAGCUUGCCUGAUGCAGACAACGUCAAGUUUCCGGAGAGUCUGGCUGAUGGUUUUAGUGAUUGCCCUUUAAAGCAUUGGGCAGACUCAAUUUAAAGUCCCAGAUACCUGCAUCACAUAUGCCCCAUAGGAUCCCGAAGGAUGGGAUCUCAGCGGUCAAAAUACCGGCAGCGGGGAAAAUGUCGGCGGUUGAAAUCCUGACAGGCGCAAGAUAUUCCCUCUAGGGCGGUGGUCCAUGCCAUCACCCGAGGUGGAAUAUAAUAGUGUGGCGAGCGGAGCAUGGUGAGCACGCUAUGGGACAAACUGCGCUCGAGGUCGGGAAAUUUACUGUCAGGAUUCAAUGGUGGUAUAUUGAUCGCCGGGAUCCCGACAGUCGGGAUUUCAUACUGAAUCGCCCCAUAGGCUUCAUGGCAAACAUGCAAUGCAGUAUUCAUUAUUUUCUGUGCCUAUGACAUGAAGCAUAUAUAUUGUAUGGUCAUUUAGUAAUACUUGUUUUUAGGUGCGUUUUAGCAGCUAUACAACGGAUUAUAUUCAGCAGACUGGAGCACAGACUCACCCAUGUGUACCCAGCCUGUGCAGGAAUAUGGCUCCCAUACACACCACGUGCUAUAUUCAGCUUUCUGUUUUGCGAGCAAAACUUAUAUUAGAUGUGUAAAACCGUUGCAGCCCCGCCACUCUCGCGUCUGGCUAGCAGGGUGUCUGCUGCCUGCUCCCCGAUUUCCUGCGCACAGAAACGUAGCACAGAAUACGGCGCAGUGUCUGAGAAUCAUAGUGGGUAUACCUGGAAGGUAACAUGGAGGUGGUGAAGCCAAUGCAGGUGUGCACUGAAAGACACCCAGCCACUCACACUGGAGGCCAUACUCCCAACUGCCAUAGGGCUGCGCACCUGAAUAUGCACAUUGAUGGAAACGCUGCAAGUGGGUGUCACAGUUAUUUAAAUAUGGGAUGUGGCAUUAUCAUAAAGAUGUAGGUGUGACUGUGGCAGAAGACGCAGCAGCCAUAUCUGCAGCCAUCUCUGAAUUCUUAGUCUUAUCAUUAAUCAUGGUGUUGUUUGUUGUGGACAAACUGUCAUACUCAAUACAGUUGUAGCAACAGUUAUCCCAAAGUUGUUUUCUCAGUUUUUCUUGAUAACUAGCUCUGGAACUAUUUGUUUAACUCAGGGCCUUCUUAAUGGAAUGGCACACGGGCAGCUGCCCAGGGCGCCGUGAUUCUAGAGGCUUCUCAGCAGGGAUGGGCUGGGCCAUGGGGCUGCUGUCUCCAGAGCUUCUUGGGAGGCAGGUAGAGGAUGCUGUCUCGCCGUUCUGAUUGUGAAAUGCACACAAUCAUAGUGGCCAGGCAGCAGUCUCUGCUUUCCUCCCAACUUGCAGUCAGACAGUGAAUGGCUGUCAGCAUGCUGAUUGGUGGAUGGCUGAAGCUUCAUUGCAUAGAAGCAUGUGGAGAGAAGUUGUGGAACUGUAGGAGGGGGUAAAUUAUUUUUAUUUUUAUUUUUUUUAUGUAAUCCCAUGUAUGGGUGAAUAGAGGCCCCAGUGCAUUGCUUUGCCCAGGGCCUGCAAUGCUGUGAAGACGGGAUGCAGUUACAUGACCGGCGGUCACAAUACAGAUGCAAGAAUCCCGCCCCCUUACAGUGCCAACAGUCGGCAUGCCGACUAACAUGGACUAUUCCCACUCGUGGGUGUCCACGACACCCAUAGAGUGGGAAAAGAACCUGUGGUGAGCGCAGCUUGCCACCGAGCCUACAGCGCUCCGCUUGCCCCUGCCGGCCAUCUGCAAACCGGCGUCGGUAUGGUGACUGGCUGUCUUAAAACGGCCCUGUCUUAACUCCAGGAUGACAAAUCAAAUGAGAUUAAGAUGGCUUCUGUUAUGCUCAUUCAGAUUGGGAUAACCAUGGCUCCAUCUGUAUGUGGUGCAUCAGAAAGUUGAAAAACUGCAGACUCAGUACAAGCGUGUUGUAGCAGAGUCACUAUUGCAUCUAACGUGUUGGGCCAUAUCUUAUUAGAUGAUUGCAAUACUGUCCUACACUACGACAUACACUAGACCAAGCAAUUUAUAGUGUAGAGAAGAGAUAUUUAACCUGGUUUCUUAUAUUGAAAAUUAUAAUUCAACCACAGCUAGGUUAAGCUCGCCUAAGGCUGCUUUAGUACAUGAUAUGUAUGGACUGUUCCUUAUACAUGGUGUUUAUUAUAGUCCAGCUGAUUAAAGGAAUUAUUUAGCUAAAUUAUUGGCUUAGGCAACCUGCAGCUUUACAGCUGAUAUGGACCUGGGCAUCAGGACUUGUAGUUCCUCAACAGCUAAGAUGCCACUGGUUGCUUAACUCUGUAUUAUGAGAAUAUGCAUGUGACUGUGUUCCCUAUUACUUGUCCAGUUAUUAGACUUAUAUUACAUAUCCCAGUGCCAUGCCAGGGCACCACCCCCAGUGCAUGUACAUCAUGGUAUUACAGGGGAUGAGGGCUGGAUGCAGGAAAUUGAGUGCCAGUCAUGUCGCCCUACAAACUGGAUACAGGUGCCGCUAAGGCAGCAACCAUUUCGCUCACUUGGCCUUGCACUGCCCUCGGUAUGGCCCCUAACACAUUCUUCUGGCAAUUUGACAUUCCAUAUGAGGGUUAUUUGCUGGCACAUAUCAUAGUCCCCUCAUAAUCACAAUGUAGCAUUGUGAUUGUUGGUAAAGCAAAGGUAGACAAUAUUUAGGUCGACCACUAUAGGUCGACAGGUAAAAAGGAAACAUGAGUUUUUUGGGGGGCUUUGUGUCGUUUUCUUCGUAGAGUGACCGGGAACCCCAAUUAGUGCACCGUGUCCCCUCGCAUGGCUCGCUUCGCUCGCCAUGCUUUGGGCAAGGUGCCUCACUCCACUACCUCACAGAUUACCGUUCCAAUCGUAGUCCACGUGGAUCGUUAACUAUAAAAAAGAAAAAAAUGUGAAAAACUCAUGUCGACCUUUUGACCUGUCGACCUAGAACAUGUCGACCUUCUGACCCUGUCGACUUAGUGGCUGUCGACCUAUAGUGGUCAACCUAGACACUGUCGAUCUUCAGACCGGAUCCCAAAGCACAACCCACAUUGCUCUUCCUCACUUCUGUGGGCACUCUCAUCAUACAGAACUGCUACAAGACAGAACUUCUGUAUCACACAGCUAUUUGUAUGGAAACUGAAGGGUGGGAGAAUGGAAAGUGAGAAGAAUCAUUUUAUACUGCAGACCACCCUUGUGGGUGUAGUAUUCAUUUACCAGUAUUAUGCAGCCUGUAGCUAUGAAGCACAUAUACAUAUAAUCUAUGGAAUUGCAUUAAAAUAAUUACUUUUUAUCAAA